AUGACCAUGGCUCCGAAACCUACUUCAUUUGUGAUUGCCGUCGUUGUCGGGAGAGCAUUUCGUGUGCUCGCUGCUCCCGCGAGUACUCGCGACGCGGGCAUAGACUGGUUUCCCUGCAGCAGAUUCGACCCUCAGUACAGCGUUGGCGACGCCCAAAACAUCACCUGCGGCUACUAUGAAGUGCCCCUCGACUGGGCCGACGAAACCGCGGGCACUGCAAAGCUGGCCGUGGCUAGAUAUCCCGCCGCUGAGGAGCGCUGGGGUACCCUCUUCGUCAAUCCUGGUGGCCCGGGAGGCUCAGGUGUCGAGUACGUCGUUGGCUUUGGCCCGAACAUCAGCGUCGUGACAGGCGGCAACUACGACAUCGUCUCCUGGGAUCCGCGUGGAUCGGAGGGACACACCGAGCCAGGGCCCCCUGCUUGUUUCAACACCGCCGCCGACUAUUACGAGUACUUCAACGGCACGCUUCAGCUCACAGGGAUUGAGAUUAGAGGCCAGCUCCGAGACGACGACCAAAUCGCUAGCUUCUACUCGCAUGUCGACGAGAUGGAGGCCAAAUACAUAGGUGAAGGCCAGCGCUGCGCAGAUCACAAGAACGGACAGACUCUUGAGUACCUUGGCACGGCCGCUACAGCGCGCGAUAUCGUGGCUCUGGCGGACUACUUCGAACCCGGCGUGCAAGAGAUCAACUACUGGGGUAUCUCAUAUGGCACAAUGCUGGGGCUCACGUUUGUCAACAUGUUUCCUGAUCGCGUUGGACGUGUUAUUCUAGACGGUUGCAUGGACCCCAUCCUAUAUACAGACAGACCAAGCCCUCAGUAUUACCCUAACGCGCUCGAAUCGAGCGAUGAGACGUUCGCCGGCUUUGCCGCAGGUUGCGCUCUGGCCGGAAAGGCAGGCUGCGCGCUCGUGAAGGGCGACAACGACACGGCUGCAGACAUUGAGAAGAGAGUCCAAGACCUCCUUGACCUCGCCCACGACUUGACGGUGGCAGGUGCCGACAUGAGCGAAAUCCCCACAUCCGCUGAAGCUCGCGCCAAUCUCUACUCCAUCAUGUACUUCCCAAGCGCAUGGGCCACGGUCGCCAGCGUCAUCCGCGACUGGGGGUUGGCGCUCGAGGGUCUUGCUGCCAACCAGAGCGUGCCACCAGGCAUCGCUGCGGAGCUCUCUUUCCUCAAGCCUAACCUGAGCUUGAUACCUUCGUAUGCGUAUGAGGCGAUAUCCUGCGGCGACGCCGUCGACGCGGGCAAUAUGACAAUGCGCGACGGCUUCGAUACUAUCGUAUUUGCGUCGGAAACCGUGUCGCCUCUGUUCGGACCCGUCUGGGGUGAUGCUGGCAAUGCCUGCUUCGCGUGGCCGGCGCGCGCUGUUGAACGCUACACGGGACCAUGGGAUAACAAGCUCAAGAAUCCGGUGCUGAUCAUCGGGAACACGGCCGAUCCAGUCACUCCGUUCAAAAAUGCGCAACUCAUGGCCAACUUGCUCGGGGACAGCGCCGUUCUGGUGAAGCAGGACGGGCUCGGUCAUACGUCGCUGGCGGAGAAGUUCAGCUGCACUGUCGGCAUCAUCAACAAGUACUUCACUCAAGGCUCGCUACCGGAAGGCGACGAUACAGAAUGCGAGAUCGACGACAGCGUCGUGCUGUUCCCCAAUUCUAGUGUGACGCAAGCCAGCGUGAGGCUCAGCAUGUUGGCUGACGCGGAGAAGGCUCGUUAG